GUGCCUGAGAGCCUCCAUUCCGCACCGGUCCCGCCGCGCCACCGCCCGCCACACUCCUCGCUCAUUACGCCGCUAACUAUGGAGCAAACUAUCGACCUUAUGACCGAACCAUGACUAGUGCCGUCCGCGCCACCCCGGGGUGCACCACGCUCCAUUGUCAUACAAUGCGGAAAGCGCAGGACGCGACGCGCAUUAUAAUCAGCGAAGAGAGUUUAGCCGGCAAGUGAAUACAAAGUUGACAUCAAUAUUGCAGAUAUCGCGGACGUCGCAGGACGAGGACGGACGUGACGCCACCAAAAACUGUCGAUGGAAAUAAAGGGAAAUUGGUUUCGGAUUAACGGGGACACUUUGAUGAAAUAGUGUUUGUUAUGCGCGUGAGUGUCGGAAAGUUAGCGAAAAUUUGGCAACGACGCAACAAGCGGUGCACGCGCGCAGCUACCCUGCAAUCAGCCGGUGCAUCUGACGGGGGUCACUCGUGGAGGACCAACGAGCUGUGAUUAAUGGUGUGAUAGUUGACAGGAACACUUGUUUGUCUUGUGUUGUGAAUGAAGAUUUAGUUUUUGACUGUUGUGAUGUCGAGGUUGGCUAUGGACGCAGUGCCACGCGUGUUGCUCAGUAUAGCACUGGCAUCGCUUCUCCCUGUGGCGUCUCCUGACUCCCAGGACCGACUGGCUAAGGAGAACAUCCCACAUUCGCGGCAGAAGAGGAUCCUAUGGAUCACCAACGAUGGUCGACUAGCCCUUCCACCGGGCACCACCAUGACUAUCACUCCGUCAAUGUCAAUGCCGUUUGUGCGACACCCGCCUAAAGGGUUCCUGUCGAACAUGACAGUCAGUUUUCCAUUCACAAGUACACUGAAGUACGAAGUGGAGUUCAAAAUUGAUUUCGACAAACUUGGAUUGACUGAUAACGAGAAUCCUUACGGAGAGCUGCCGCCAAUCUUUGCGAGGUCUAUGGGCAGAGCAGCAGCGUCAGUGAUGGCGGACUAUGUCGGACAAUAUCUUGAGAGAAGGCUCGGCAAGAGGCAGGAGCGAGAUGUCUCCCCCGACGUUGAGAAGAUGGUCCUCGACCGGUUACAUGGCGGUGAAAGAGCGUUACUGUACGGAGUCGCAGAGGACAUGUUAGCCAAUUUCGGAAUGGACGGCAAAGAAUGUUUGCUCCGAGCAAUUUGUGAAAUACACGCGCAUCCCCUCACCAAUUUUGGAUUUUUAGGAGAAGUCAUGAAAUUAUUUUUCACGCCCAGUCGGUCACCAUACGCAAGUCUCCUGCAGGAGUACGUGGAUGCUCAGAAAGCGGGCGAGUCCGGUGGCGAGUGCUGGCCCUACUACCGACUCUGUCCCAAGAGUAUAUUCAUGCCCGCUUCUAACAAAUACUCAAAAGACGCAGAAGACCUACACAGGCGGCAGGAACAAGAGAGCAUCGACGAGAACAAUAUAGAACUGAAUCUAAAGGCAAUGUAGAUAGAGCUGAGAGUUAGACCAAUAGUGAUGUAGAGGCUGAGCGAGCCAGUACUAUCCCAAAUUUAGUGUAGCGCCCGACCAAAGUUGUUCGUGUUUAGUCCUCUCUUUUAUUUAUUAUGUAAUACAUAAGUGCCAUUCCCUAUCUCUAUUUUAAAUCCUAAAGGCCUGUUUCAUAGCUUGCUGAUAAUAUUGAUAGCCUAUUUCGUCGUUGCCAAUUUAAUAGCUCUUAUGUUGCCCUCACCAAAUUUAUUUUUUGUCAGGACCGAAUAGUAUUUUGCUCCUAAAACAUUCAGUACAAACUCUUGUGUACGUAAAUAUCAAUUAUCUUUUAAUAUUUUUAACACACAGUUAUACAAUACCUUUUUGAGGCGGAAGUAUUUUUUUAAUUUUUGUAAAAUUGACCCGAUUGCACAUAACAGAUUUUAAAUUGGCAACGAUUUCUCACUUAGGUACUAAGUUACAUCUGAUUUACAGUAGGUUAGUUAGUAUAGUACCUCCUGUAAGUCAGCCGUAGGGCGCAAAGACCUUUUCUGCUUUUUGGUACCUACUACUAUCUGUCAGAUAGGUUUUAUGGUUGUAAAUAGGCUUUCAGAUAGAAGAUGAAACAGCGCCUAAACCUAUUUUAAAUACUUCUACGACGAUGGAAUAAAGUAGUCUUUUUGGAAAAGAAAAUUCUAUGGAAAGUUAUAUAUUAAAUAAUUUUAUACCUAGUGUUAAGUCGUUCUAUUUAUUUACUCAUUCUUAUAAUGCUCGUCUUAUUGUUAUGGAUGCAUUUCUUAGUUUUAAUGAAAGUCCUACUUAGCUAGUGAUUUUUGUAAUUUUUAGAUAAUAAAUUGUUUUAAAUGAA